CUAUUUCGUCCAAUAACACUAACCCACCGUCCCAAUCUACUGCCAACUCCCCUCCCCACAUACCACAUGGAACUGACAGUUUUCACACCGCCUCUCCCCCUCCUACGUCUAUGCCACAUGCCCAUGCACGUAUCCAUGGUAUGACCACUCGCAGUCGGGCUGGUGUGUUCAAACCCAAACUACCAUUUAACCUCAGUCAUACUAUAACUCCUUCCCCCCUUCCGAAAACCCCUAUCCAAGCUCUCCAAGACCCGAAUUGGAAAUCCGCUAUGGAUGAUGAAUUUAGUGCUUUAAUUAAGAAUAAGACGUGGGAGUUGGUUCCCCGUCCUCCUCAGGCUAAUAUUAUUCGUUGCAUGUGGUUAUUUAAACAUAAAUACAGGUCUGACGGGUCUCUUGAGCGUCACAAAGCCCGUUUGGUGGUCAAUGGGAACUCACAACAAGUUGGUGUUGACUGUGAUGAAACCUUUAGCCCCGUGGUUAAGCCCGCUACUAUCCGCACCGUACUCACCUUAGCUCUUUCUCACGAUUGGCCUCUCCAUCAACUUGACGUCAAGAAUGCCUUUCUUCACGGACACCUUGAGGAAACCGUGUUUAUGCAUCAACCUCCUGGCUAUCGUGACCAAUCCCGCCCGUCACAUGUGUGUCGUUUACUCAAGUCUCUCUACGGCCUUAAACAAGCCCCCCGGGCAUGGUAUCAACGGUUUGCGUCUUACAUUACAUCUAUUGGGUUUACUCAUAGCACAUGUGAUCAUUCCCUUUUUAUUACCAAACAAGAUGGUCAAACCGCAUACCUUCUACUGUACGUAGAUGAUAUUAUCCUUACGGCUUCUUCCACACAAUUUCUGCACCAUGUCAUCUCUUCUCUUGCCACUGAAUUUGCCAUGACCGAUUUAGGCCCUCUCACAUAUUUUCUGGGCAUCUCCGUCACCCGCCAGAAAGAUGGCCUAUUUUUGUCUCAAUCUAAAUAUGCCUCAGAAAUUUUACACCGUGCCGGCAUGACUUCUUGUAACGCCACUACAACACCGGUUGACACACACUCCAAAUUGAGUGCCUCGGCCGGCCCUCCAGUCGAAAACCCAACCUUAUACCGUAGUCUUGCGGGGGCGCUACAAUAUCUUACAUUUACUCGGCCGGACAUAUCUUAUGCCGUUCAACAACUUUGCCUCUUCAUGCAUGACCCGCGUGCCUCACACCUUCAUGCUCUCAAACGGGUUUUGCGGUACAUCAAAGGGACACCACACCUUGGCCUUCUUCUACGUAAAUCCCCGGUCACAAACCUCAUAGCCUACACUGACGCGGACUGGGGUGGCUGUCCCGAUACUCGCCGCUCCACCUCGGGAUAUUGUGUCUUCUUGGGCGAUAACCUACUUUCUUGGUCUUCUAAACGUCAACCCACUCUAUCUCGAUCCAGCGCCGAAGCCGAGUACCGGGGUGUCGCAAAUGCUGUUGCCGAGCUUUGUUGGUUACGUAAUCUUCUCCUUGAACUUCACCAUCCUCAUCACAAAGCUUCCGUGGUUUACUGUGACAACAUUAGCGCUGUGUAUCUAUCCGGCAAUCCCGUCCAACAUCAACGUACCAAGCACAUCGAAAUGGACAUUCACUUUGUUCGGGAAAAGGUGUCCCGCGGUCAAAUUCGGGUUCUUCAUGUUCCGUCUCGACACCAAUACGCCGACAUCUUCACCAAAGGUCUACCCCGCAUUUUGUUUGAGGAGUUUCGGACCAGUCUCAGCAUCCAGGAGCCUCCCGCUUCGACUGCGGGGGCGUAUUAAACAUAGCAUGCAUGCCAUGCGUGACAUACAUAUUGUACAUAUAUUAAUACUUACGUAUUAUUACUUCCGCAUAUAUUAGUGUGUAGUACUUAUUAAUUAAAUAUUGUUACAUUAUUAUCCAUUAGCUUGUACACGGUUGUCAAGCUACUUGCUUCCGUAUUAGGUGCCUACACGGCUCUUGUAAUUCUUAGCCAAAGGUAUCAGCGUGGAUAGGAAUUCCUAUGCCGCAUGUUUAUC